AUGCCACCACAGAAUUUUGUCAUUCUUGGUGGCGGCAUCUCUGGUUUAACAGCAGCAUGGUAUUUAGCCCGUAAUGCUCCACCCUCAACAAAAAUCACAUUGUUAGAAGCAUCUGAUAGAUUUGGCGGAUGGAUACAAAGUACACGUGUUGGAGAAGAAAGAAUACUUUUUGAACAAGGCCCUAGAACUUUGAGACCUAGUGGAUUAGGUGCAGGUGUUAUACUAGAUAUGGCAGCAAAACUGAAUUUAACAGGAUUCAUUCAUGCAGUUGGUAAAUAUGAGCCAGCUGCAAGAAAUCGCUAUUUAUAUUACCCAGAUCGUCUCGUUCAACUUCCAGGAGGCAGCUUACUUUCAAGUUUAAAAAGUAUUGUGCAGAAUAAAUUUAUUUUAUCCUCAAUUUACUCAGUAAUACGUGAACCAUUUAUCAAACCAUUUAAAAAUUUGGAUGAUGAAAGUAUUCAUAGUUUUAUUGCUAGAAGAUUCAAUUUAACGUUGGCUGAUACAAUGAUGAGCGCACUUGUACAUGGAAUUUACGCAGGCGACAUAAAGAAUCUUUCGAUUAAAUCCACAUUUAAACAAAUAUUUGAUAUGGAACAAAAUUAUGGUUCAGUAAUUAAAGGUAUGAUUAAUAGUAAAAAGUUGUCUGCGCUUUCUCAGAAGGAUCAAAGUUGGUUGGAUUUACUUUGUUUAGAGAACAAAGAUCUUUUCUCAUUUAUGAGUACUACGAGUCUUUAUUCUUUUGCAAAUGGUAUUGAACAAUUAGUGCAUGCUAUCGUUAGUGAUUUAGAGACUAGGGAAAAUGUAACUAUAAAGACAUCGCAUCGUGUAAAAAAAUUGAAAUUUGAUAAAGAGGUUGAGGUCUAUACAAAUGAUGGGUCAUUCAGAACCGAUCAUAUUAUCAGCACCAUUCCAUCACACGAAUUGGCAGGUCUGCUUCCUGAGCUUCCAUAUCUAACGUACAAUCCUUCGGUAACGGUAGCAGUUGUAAACAUUGCAUAUGGCCGACCAAAUUUACUGCCGGUAAAAGGAUUUGGGUAUUUAAUUCCACGCAUAACACCAAAUAAUCCGUACCAUGUCCUUGGAGUAGUAUUCGAUUCUGAUGCCAUGCCACAUCAAGAUUAUAAAAAGGAUAAGUACACGAAACUUACAGUAAUGAUGGGAGGACAUUAUUAUAAUAAUCUUUCGGAAAAUGAUUAUCCAAAUAAAGAUGAAAUAUUAAGCCAAGCAGUUGAAACGAUAGAAAAACAUUUAGGAAUAUAUUUAACACCUUUACAAUGCAUGGUACAAAUUCAUAGAAAGUGUAUACCACAAUAUUAUGUUGGACAUUAUUCCAGAAUUAAAGAAUUACAUUAUGCGAUUAAGAAAAAUUACGGGAAAAGAUUGAGUGUUGGAGGAGCAAGUUAUUUUGGAGUUAGUAUUAAUGACUGCGUUACCAAUUCUGCAAGAUUGGUGCUAGAUUUGCUUGGAAAUGAAGAUGAAAGAGUAAUUAUAACGGGAUUGGAAAGAGUUGAAGAGAUUGAACCAACAAAAUCCAAGUAA